GCCCCCGGCACCGGCGCCGCAGCAUCCCGGGCGCGCCGCCACCGCCGCGUACUCCUGGCCCUGGGGCUGCUUCGCCGAGGGCUCGCCGCGUUUAGGCCCCCGCCAGAAUCCCAUUGGCGCGGCCUCUGCGAGAGACACCGCUCAUCCCCAGCCAUGGACGGGGACAGGGUGGAGAUAGACGGCGGGAUCAUGGAGGGGGGCGGGCAGAUCCUGCGGGUGUCCACGGCGCUGAGCUGCCUGCUGGGGGUGCCGCUGCGGGUGCGCCGGAUCCGCGCCGGGCGGAGCCAGCCCGGCCUCAGACCUCAGCAUCUGUCUGGAUUGGAGAUGGUUCGAGAUCUCUGUGAUGGGAAGCUGAAUGGUGGAGAAAUUGGCUCAACAGAAAUAACCUUCACUCCUGGGAAGAUCAAAGGUGGAACCCACAUAGCUGAUACAAAAACAGCAGGGAGUGUGUGUCUACUGAUGCAGGUAGCAAUGCCCUGUGUGCUGUUUGCUGCUUCCCCAUCAGAGCUUCAUCUAAAAGGUGGGACUAAUGCGGAGAUGGCUCCUCAGAUAGACUACACAGUCAUGGUUUUCAAGCCAAUAGUUGAAAAGUUCAAUUUCACAUUUAAUUGUGACAUAAAAAGGAGGGGCUACUAUCCUAAAGGAGGUGGUGAAGUUGUACUCCACAUGUCUCCAGUCAAAGAGCUGAGCCCAAUAAACUUAACAGAACGUGGUACAGUGACAAAGAUUUAUGGAAGGGCAUUUGUUGCUGGAGCACUGCCUAUCAAACUGGCAAAAGACAUGUCAGCAGCAGCAGUGAGAUGCAUCAGAAGAGAAAUCAGAGAUCUUUAUAUUAACAUUCAGCCUGUCAGAGAACCUGAUGAUCAAGCUGUUGGGACUGGAAGUGGAAUAAUUAUUGUUGCAGAGACCUCAACAGGUUGUUUGUUAGCUGGGUCAUCACUUGGCAAGAGAGGAAAGAAUGCUGACAAGGUUGGCAUUGAAGCAGCUGAGAUGCUGCUGCAGAAUCUUAAACAUGGUGGAACUGUGGAUGAUUCUCUGCAAGACCAACUUAUCAUUUUUAUGGCACUAGCAAAGGGAGUAUCUAGAGUGAAAAGUGGACCAAUUACACUUCAUACUCAAACAGCUAUACACUUUGCAGAGCAGCUAACAAAGGCCAAAUUUACUGUGACAAAAUCAGAAGAGGAAAACGCUGGUAAUGAUACCUACAUCAUCGAGUGCCAAGGAAUGGGGUUGAUAAACCCAAACUUAUAGUGUUAAAAAAAACAAAAGAAAAGGCAGCAAGCUGCCAAAAGCAGCACUCAACAUACCUCAGUGAUGUAUUGCACUACACUUCAUUGGAUGUAGAAUCUGCCUGAAGAGGAGGAGCCUUCUGUCACAUCAGAAUGAUUUAACUUGAAGGUUGAUGUCAAGCUUUUCCUUGGUAUGGUGAGAAUCUGCCACGUGAAAAAUGAAAAUUUUUUUUUUUUUUUUUUUUUUUUUUUACUAUUAGCAGCAGAAUUAUAGCAACAGGACAGCAAAAUAGAAUAUACUGUAUGUAUGCAAGAGCUUCAGUUAGAAGCUUUGAAUUUUACCUAAGUAGAAAAUAACUGUUUUAGUUCAGUAUUUCUUUCCCUUUUAAAAAAUGCAAAUAAGUAUUUUAGUUCAGUAUUUCUUUCCCUUUUAAAAAAUGUAAGUUUGGUUCUCUGGAAGCCUUUAUGUUAUGAAGUACAUAGAAUGAAAUGCACCAUCAAGUCUGUAUUGCUGUUCUUCCUUAGCCAUUUGCUAAAUAAUAAAGCAGUAUCACCCUAUAAAA